AUGGACAAAAAUAUGAUUUGCCAUAAACUUUUGCAUACUGUUUUCUUUAUCCAGUCAUUUUUUCCCCUAUGGUUAAAGGCCACUACCGCCUUUCAACAAGUGGAAGCCACAACAGGACCUGCAAAUGGUACUGUUAUUAACAAGAAGUGCUUCGAUAACGAGAUACAUGCUCUCCUUGAUUUCAAAGCCAUGAUCCUUAAGGACGACUUUGGCAGCCACCUCUCUACAUGGGGAAACAAACAACAAGAUGACCAGUACUGCUGUAAAUGGACAGGAGUCACAUGCAGUAGCCGAACAGGUCAUGUCGUAAAGCUUGAACUAAGUUUUGUUACCUUUAAAGGCGAGAUUAGCCCUUCAUUGCUUAACUUAACCCGUUUAAAUAAUCUUGACCUUUCCUACAAUUAUUUUCAUGGAACAAUUCCUACAUUCAUAGGUUCCAUGACCGAAUUAAGGUAUCUUGAUCUUUCUGGCAGCACUUUUUACGGAACCAUUCCUUCAGAGUUUGGAAACCUUCGAAACUUAAAGAAACUUUCGCUUAGAUACUUGCAGACCGUUAAAAACUUAGAUUGGUUGUCUCAUCUAUCUCUCUUGGAGUACCUUGAUAUGAGUGGGACUUCUCUAGCCAAAGUAAAUAACUGGGUGAAUGUAGUUGUAAGUCUUAAAAAUCUAUCAUUUUUAAGUUUAUCGAACUGUGACCUUUCCCAGGUCAUGUGUCCAUAUUCUAAAUUUGUCAACUCUUCUUCGUCCUCCUCAAUUGUCACCCUUGAUCUCGGAAACAACAAUCUCAACUCAUCCGCUUAUCGUUGGUUGUUCCCAUUAACUAGCAACAAGCUUCAAACUCUUGAUCUGUCUAGCAACAUGUUAGACUGGAUACCUAAAUAUCUUGGAAACCUUUCUAAUUUGACAUCUGUGUUUCUCCAAUACAACUUCAUAAAUGUCAGCUUCCCUGUUUUCCUAAGCAACUUGUCGGGAUACACAUCUUCUACUUUACAAUAUUUGGAAGUUUCACAUAAUCAACUAACAGGGUCACUGCCCGAUGAGAUCCAAAAAUUUACAUCGUUACAAAACUUGUUUCUUUCUCAUAAUCACUUAAAUGGAACAAUAAGUGAAAAAGUUUGGGAACAACCCAAACUGGAACAGUUAGAUGCCACUUCCAAUUCUCUUAGAGGUGCUAAUUUUCAAAACAUCGGCAAGUCAAACAUUUUGUAUAUAUAUCUAGCAAACAACUCACUUGAGGGAGUCCCGCUUACUUAUAGAAAUCACAUGUCAAACCUUUCUCACACAGUGCAUAUCGAUUUGAGCUCUUGCAAGUUAGGACCUCAGUUCCCUAAAUGGAUUCAAACACUUAAAAAUCUUGUCCAUCUUGAUAUUGCCAACAAUAGAAUUUCUGACACAGUUCCUAUCGAAUUUUGGGACACGUGGAGUUCUCAAUUGAGCUAUCUGAAUCUGUCUUCUAACAAUCUCAGUGGGGAAGUACUGAAUCUACUAUCAAACUUUGACCGCUGUUCAACAAUAGAUUUGAGUUCUAAUAGCUUUUAUGGUCCAAUACCGAAUGUUUCCUCAACACUAGAAGCAUUAAAUCUUUCCAAAAACAAAUUCCAUGGAGGAAUAUCCUUUUUAUGCCAUCUUAAUGGGUCUUUAUCAUUUCUCGAUCUCUCUCAUAACUCAUUAACCGGACAAGUUCCAGAUUGCUUGUGGCAUUUCAAAGAGCUAAAGGUUCUUAGUCUAGGACAUAACCGUCUAGCUGGAAGUCUCCCACCCUCUAUGGGAUAUUUGGUUCAACUUGAAGUAUUGUCUUUAUACAAUAACAGCUUUUCUGGAGAAUUGCCAUUGUCAAUAAAGAAUUGUCAGAGUUUAAAAUUUUUGGAUUUGGGAGCCAACAUGUUUUCUGGUAAUGUGCCUAUUUGGAUCGGGGAAAACUUAUUUGAGUUGUAUGUUUUUAGCCUAAGAUCGAACAACUUCUCUGGAACCACGCCUUUACAGAUAUGUGAAUUAGUAAACCUUCAAAUUCUAGACUUGUCAAUGAACAACCUUCAAGGAACGAUCCCUUCAUGUGUAUAUAACUUUUCGAGGAUGUUUGGAGCUAUGUUCUACCAAGAUCCAAACGUACACCUAUUAAACGCAACAGGUGAGUAUGUUGACCAUCAGAUGAUCCAGUGGCAAGGAAUAAUACGUGAAUUCAGCAGUAAUCUGGGACUGUUGAUGAGCAUUGAUCUGUCAAGCAACAAUUUAACAGGACCAGUCCCAUACGAGCUUACCGAUCUUCAUCAAUUGGUCUCACUAAACUUGUCAAAGAAUGCCCUAUUUGGAGAGAUUCCACCAAAAAUUGGCGAGAUGAAUCAUCUUUUAACGUUGGAUUUAUCUAGAAACAAAUUUUCAGGAGGGAUACCAUCAAGCAUGUCUCAGAUGAGUUCAUUGAAUUAUCUGGACGUGUCAUACAAUAGCUUGUCUGGGAGGAUUCCAUCUAGCACUCAGCUCCAAACCUUUGAACCCUCAAGGUACAUCGGAAAUGCAGAACUGUGUGGAUCGCCCCUGCCCAAAUACUGUUCUGAAGACGAAGACUUACAUUUACCCAACGUUGGUGAAGGUGAGGGUGGCAGUGAAGGCCUGGAAGAACUUCAAAGAUGGUUUUAUAUUGGUGCGGCCAUUGGUUUUACUAUUGGGUUUUGGGUAAUGUGUAGUACCUUACUUCUUAACCGUCGUGUGAGACAUACAUUUAUAGGCAUAUUGGAUCGCUUGGAAGAUUGGGCCUACAUGAAUGUGAUGGUAUUCGCGGCAAAGUUGCAAAGGGUUGCCCCUGCAUAA